UUUUUCGCUUCGACAAAUUUUUUUUCUUUCUUAAUAGUUUUUAAGUUUUUGGAAAAUGACAAGUUCAGAAGAAUCUUCAGAUGUUGAAGAUUUGUAUGCGGGAAAUGACGUUAGUUCGAAGAGCAAUGUUAUUCGACAUCGACUAACGAAGAAAAAACGGGAUUCAGAACGAAAACCCUUGAUACAAUUCAAAGGAAGUGACUUUCCCGAAACUGCUCUUGUGAUAGAAUUCAAGAAAGAUGUUGACUACAAAGCGCUUGUCUUUCUCCUUGAUAAAGCACGAGCAACUGUCGAUGAUGGAGGAGCAGAAUUAUUAAUUGCAAUGGAGCCAAAUAAGGAUCAUUUGAUUCUUCAUGUAAGUGCAACGAACGAUCGUCUUUUCCAACUUGCCGAAGAAUUAGCGCUUAUGAAACGCAACAAACGAGGCGAUAUGACAAUCUUCAGUGUUGCUGCCUUAUCAGAUUUUUACGACAACUCGAUGGAUAUCAAUUCGUUACUUACUUUUGCUGAACGACAACUUCUUGUGAAACACGCUUUGGAUUCCAUCAAGCCACAAUUAAGCGAAACAAUCGUACCCGGAUAUCCCAAAAUUGCUCUUUGCCAAACGAGGCCUUUGAUUCAAACGUACAUUCGUGAAGGAUUGAUUCGAGACUUUUAUUCGUUGCACGAUGUUGAAUAUUUGAAACUUUUGCAAGUUGAUUGGUAUAAACCGUAUCGCAAACAGCCAUUGGAUAAAAUUCGGUAUUACUUUGGCGAAAGCAUCGGGAUGUAUUUCGGGUUUUUAGGCUUUUACAGUCGUUCGUUGAUACUUCCUGCCGUUCUUGGCGUCGUUCAAUACAUUUUUUCGUACGAAAUGAUGCCCUUUUUGUGUGCCUUUUAUCUCAUCUGGAUCGCCGCCUUUUUGGAAUUAUGGAAACGAAAAAGUUCAACAUUCGCAUAUCGAUGGGGAACGAUCUCAUUGACGACUUUAGAUGUUCCUCGUGCCGCUUUUGAAGGCGAAUUAGGUCCUGAUCCGAUAACGGGAAGAAUGACUCCUCAAUUUCCGUAUUGGAAAACUUUGCGUCAAAUUUAUUGUGUGUCCGUUCCCGUAAUAAUUUUGUGUUUAAUUGCCGCAAGUACAAUCACAAUUAGCCAAUUUUGGGUCGAAGAUAUUUUGAGAGAACUUUACGGGCCUGAAUCUUACAUCACACUCGUGCCAUCGAUUUGUAACUCAAUUUGGAUUGCCUUGUUACCGUUAGCGUAUUCGAAAUUUGCAACAUAUUUGACAGAUUUGGAGAAUCAUCGUACACAAUCUCAAUACGAUAGACAUCGUGUGAAUAAGUUAAUUGUCUUGGAAUUCGUUAAUAACUUUUUGUCAUUAUUCUACGUUGCUUUUGUGAGACAAGAUUUGAAGUUAUUGAAGACUUAUUUGUUGUGCCAACUGUUGAUUGUUCAAUUCGUACAGAAUUUCAUUGAGAUUUUAUGGCCUGUAAUUGACAAUAAGAUCAGUAAAAUUCUUGCAAAAGACGCAAAAGAUGAAAAAAGUGACAAAAACAACGAUUACCAUGCCCUAAAUUUGGCAGAACUCGACAAUGAUGAUCCUCGAAUCAAUCAACGUAUCAAAGAAUCUCAAAUGGAUGCCUAUCUGAGCACAUAUGAAGAUUACCUCGAACUUUACAUCCAAUUUGGUUAUGUUGUCCUUUUUGCAGCUGUUUCUCCGUUAACUGCUUUACUUGCUCUUGCAAACAAUAUUCUCGAAAUUCGAAUCGAUGCAUUUAAACUUUGUAAAGCAUACCGUCGUCCCUUUUCUCGUCGUGUCAAAAACAUUGGCGCAUGGCAACUUGCAUUUGAAUCUCUCGCUGUAAUUUCCAUCAUGACGAAUUGCGGCGUAAUGUAUUUGUCGCCUUCAACACAAGAUUGGAGAGAACGUAAUGGCGUCGAAUACAGUUUGUUGAUCUUCGUACUUGUUGAACAUUUGUUACUCGGAGCUGUUUGGAUAAUUCAUAAACUCGUGCCUGACAAACCACGAACGAUUCGUUUGGCACUCGCAAAGUCUGAUUAUGAGUCGCGACAAGCGCUCAAACGAGAGAACGCGAAACGAGUCAAAUUAACGGGCAUUUGGAAGAAGAGUUUCUAACAUGGAUCGUCAAAGUUUCAAAAAAAAAUUAUAGUCAAAGUUGUUUAAAAGACUUUUUUCUUGCUAGUCAGUGAAUUAAUCGAAGUUAAAUUAUUUUAUGCUCAAUAAAUCUGAGGAAUUUAUUGUUUGUUUGA